AUGAGCCCACCCAUCGGCCUGAACAGUACUUACAAUAGGAGAGCCGCAAGGUCUAGCUCCACCUCGUCGUCGGCACAGGUGGUGAAGAAAUCUUCUUCUGUGUCGGUAAGAUCGACACCCCGAAAUGCAUUAAAUCAAAGGCCCAGUAGUCCUGAUCGGUUCCUCCAAAAUACCAGCUAUACGCGACACGACAGAAGUAGGUCGACAAGUCGACCCGACAAUCAAUACGAGACCAAGACAUUAAACCCGAACCCGAACCUCAAUAUCAACCGUUGGUCGCAUUCAACUUCCUCUAGUGUGUCUGCUAUCGAUACAGAAGCCAUUCGGACUCGCGCAAAUACGUCCAGACGAAUGAGUAUAGGUCCAUCUUUAGUGGCGGGUCUGCCACCCCCAGAUCGAAACCACUUCUCCCAGUUCUCCAGAGCAGAUAGUCAAAGCCCUCACCGCAAGCUCAACUCGGCGUCUGGACUUCUGCCACCUGGUCGUGGACAAAAUGGCCGCGAUGCCAGCCCCGGUGGGGUCUCGCCCUUGACCCCAACUUCGAUGUUCAAUACGAGUGCAGGAGAAUACUUUGGUGGUGAUACAUGGCAGACCCGGAAGAUGGGCAAGAAUGGUGAACCUGUGGCUAUGUCAGUACAUUACAUGAGAUCGGGUAUUUCAUCAAUAAGCAGAGACGAUACCUUCGCUUCCCAACCAGCCUCACAGACUGUGCGCCCCAGCACUCGAGAAAACCGACCUGGUACUUCGGAUGAGUCGCUCGCUGCCUCCAAUGCUCCAACACGGGGGAGAAGCCAUCGAAGCCCAACUCAAAAAACCAUGUUGUCCAAGGCUCUUGCCAAAGCCAAUUCAGCCGUGCUGUUAGAUAAUGCCCAGAAUAUCGAUGGUGCUAUCGAAGCAUACCACGAAGCUUGUGAGCUUCUUCAGCAGGUGUUGGUUCGGAGUUCAGAUCUCGAUGACCGGAAGAAGCUGUCCGCUAUUAGAAGUACCUAUUCGAAUCGAAUAGCAGAGUUGCACGAUCUCGAUGAUACCUUCUCUGGCCUCAUGGAGAAAGCUCUACCAGAAGAUCCGCCCUUUGAUGAUACCAACCAGUCCUUCUUCUCCAGUGACGGCAAUGAGCAAGAUACUGCCGGAGUCCUGGAGACAGUACAAAUCCCGCCUCGGCAAGAAUCAUUACUGCCUGAACUGUUCGGCGGAGAAUCAUACCUACCGGAACAGAACGCACGCCAUAGGAUACAGAUACCUAGUCUGUCCGUGCCAAUGGAGUCGCAGUAUAUGCCUCCACCUCUGUCUCCUCGCAGACCAUUGAGUCCAGUCGCUGAUAGGGACACUGAUACACCUCUUGCCACUCAAAGGCCAGCGGAUGUUACAACCCGGGUUAUUCAAUCCCGCGAGGAUAGUACAACCGAGUCUACCUCAUGGCUGGAUACAUUUGAGGAUGGAGAGUCGUCGACCAGAUCAUCUCGAUUGUCUUCAAUUGACUUUGGAAUCAUCCCCGAUGGUCAUAAUUUGGUCGAUGAGAUCGAAGCCGAAUUUGAUGCCGCCCUCAACGCUGCUGUUGAUGCUGCAUGGGAUGACAACAUUGCAGAUGAAUCCACACCGAGACCUGACAAGAGUGACGACUUUCCGCCUGAUUUCAGUUUACCUCAGCUCCCGCAGGUUGAGACAUCCACUCUUCCUCGAAGUCUGCUCUCUAACCUGGAACUAACACAAGAAUAUGACGAGGGCAACUCGUCAGAGGAAGAAGAAAGAUUGUUGGAAGAGAUGACCAGAGGUUAUGUCUUUGAUGAUUUCUCCUUCGACAACAAAUCCAAAUCGGCACUUCCCCGACAGUCGGAUUCGAGUAAUACGUCUGGCAGAACCUGGUCCGAUUCUAUACCUUCUACAACAAACACAAACGUUUCUACGCUAAGUACUCUUGCCGAAAUAUAUGAACCUGCACCUGAACAAUCUCCUCGCCCUAUACCACCUGCCAAGAAUUCACCAAUCACUGCGCCCCCAACAGUUGCUCUACCACCCGCACCUACAUUACCAAUACCAAAGGCUGAUAGUCGACCCGUCAGUAUCGAAAAAUAUGCUGGUUUGGGGAUCCGAGAAAGGAGAUUUUCGGGUCAAAGUAGCAGUCAGCUUAAGAUAGAAACUUUUGCUCGGCGCAACUCAACGACUUUGCCUCCGAAGCCAACAGCACCAGCACAAUCCAAAUCGACACAGGAUGCACAGAGUGAUCAGCUGAGGCUGCCACAGACAGCACCCUUGGACAGCUCACUGUCUUUCUUAUCAGGCGGCAUGCUUCCAAUCACGCCUAUGACAUCCGUACCAUCAGCGGACUCUGCUGUUAGCGAAUCUCCAGUAACCCCUGCCUUGACACAAGGAGGAUCUCAGGGUAGUAUUGAUGAUACAAACCACCAGCCACCGUCUCCUGGGAAACAAUUUCCAGGAAAGAUCAUGCCCCCACCAGCAGUGAAAAAGAAUCUGUCAUCGUCUAGUUUACGAAUGCGGAAUCUGUCUGUUGCAACUACAGAUACAACCGGUGAAUCUCCCGUUACACCUUUGAGUGCGAGCUUCACUGGGGAUAGCAAAAAGAUCGUCCCUCCUCUGCCGUCGGCAGCUCUGCCCACGCCAGGCAGUGGUGCGUUCGGACCACAUUUGCUGCAAGCAGGUGGAUACUAUUUGUUCGAAGACCAUACCGGCCCCGGUGUCUCAACUGAAGUCCCUGGGAGCCCCGUCGGUGAUAUCUCUGGUCCUGCACCUCUUCCACUUGAACCUUGUCCUGAAUCUUCCUUGUUGAGACCUUUUUGGUUGAUGCGGUGUCUUUAUCAGACACUGGCUCACCCAAGAGGAGGAUACCUUACAACGCGGCUAUUCAUCCCACGCGAUAUCUGGCGAGUGCGGAAUAUCAAGCUGAAGGCCCUUGAAGAUAAGGUCUUUCAGUGUGAUCUUCUGACGGCAGCUUUGUUGAAGGUUGCCAAGGUGGAUACAUUUGACGCAGAUGCAGUCUUGGACGAGCUACAAUCUUUUGAGAUGGUCCUUGAUCAGGUUCGGAAUACCCUACAGAAGAAGAUCGGCAAUGACGUUGGACUCUCAGGUUCAUCAAGUCUUUUCAAAGGCAUUGGGGAGGAACAAGAUCCAGUAGCGAAUAAGCCAAACCACACAGCUGCCAAAACUUUGGCUUCGAGCUGGAGAAAGUUGCGCUCCAAGUCGAGUACACCUGCAAUUGGCAAUCAAGGCGGACAGAAGGACAGCUCGUCUGGGUCAAAUCUGCAAUCCUUACCGAUGACGUCGUCUUCGUCUGUUCCAUCAUCUCGAUCUCACGCUAGCCGCAAGAUUGCUCCACCUCCUACUCCAAGCAUGCUAAGCAAUAUUGUACCCUUACAUGCUAGUUAUAUGUCGAGCUUAGCACGACUUUUUGAUGCUGCCCAGGUUCUAGAUGGAAUUGCCCGUCAAGUCGAAGAUCCAGGUCUGAAAUGCAGCAGCAAGACCCAAGUGGGUCUCGAACUAGGUGUAAAGAACGCGGCAGAGUUCUUCGCCUUCUAUAUCAUCCGCUUUGUCAUGGCGGAUUUGACAUUAAUGCUCGACAAAUUUGUCAAGCGUGGUUCUGAGUGGAUUCUAACUUAG